AUGACCAAAAAGUAUCACCAUCAGCUUCAAAUUUUCAUGAAAGAUGUGAUGAAGAGAAAUGAAUUGACUGCAUCUCUUGGAAAUGAUGAAUUAGUCUUCAUCCUGAUAAGCUUAAAGCUUUCGGUUUUUAUUGGAGAUAUACUUGCUGCUAAUUCAUCUCACAGUGAGUUCUUCAAUCUGUCGAAGCAAUUUUGGAGUAUUACACCAGAGGAAUUGAAAAAGUGUGUCGACGUGCUUCUAUAUGAAGAAUGUCCUCAAUUUAUGUAUCAUACAUAUCUAAAGAACUUGAGACGCCUUGAUACAUAUCCAAAUUUGAUUAGGUUUCUCCUUAGCGGAAAGUGA